AUGCAAGAACAUAUUCGUAGAGCGCACCCCGAACACUAUAUUUCAAAGCUUCCAGCGACCGAGGAGAGCUUCCUGCUCAUGAUUAAUACUCCGCCGUCCGAUCGUCCACCUUUACAGCCAAACCCGACCUCUGUGCCUCAGGGUUCGUCCCUCUCAAUCCAGGGCUUUCCCCCAAAGAUUGACCAUCUUCAAGGCUUCAACCAUGAUCGACACAUGUACGACAAUAGCAAUCCGGGCACGCCCCGGACGUUGGACGACCACGCUGUCGGCUCGCUCCUUCCAGCUGCUAGUGCCGCAGCAGCAUUGGCACAGUUGCAUGGUCACAAGGUCGAGCCGGAAUGGGAAUCUGAGGUGGAUUGGCACUCUGACACCGAAGGCCGACGAAUACCUAGGACAUCAAUUGAAUUACCUCCCAUCCACUUAUCAAACAACGACAUCACCAGUGAGCCAUUUCCAGCAAUGAACUCCAGUAGACCUAGGGAUAUUCUUCCGUCGAUUCUUGCGAAUUCGCCUCCUGGACGUUCUUCGACACUUCCACCAAUCCAGCGGCCAGUAGGACCUGCUCGACCUAGGAAACAAUCGGUCACCAAGCGAGGCAGAGAAGCCCAUCAUAAGAAACAAAAAUCUCGCGGCUCAGCAGCGGACUGGUUACGACGCAUCCAGAAUGACGAACGGCUUAGACCAGGUAAUAAUGACCGUAAGGCGUUAUCGGCUGAACCUUCUGCAGACUAUGGGAAAAGAUGGGAAGACCUCAUCGAUGCUGCUGACCAGGCUGCUUCAGCUGCCGGUGACAUCGAUGAGGACAGGACUCCUGUACCCCAAUCACCAGUUUCUAUUCACAGAUCAUCACUGCCCCCAUUCCAACAUCAUGGAUUCCAGGCAGCACAUGCAGCGCAAAGCUAUCAAGCUUCGCCUUUGCAGCAAGCUUUAACCCCACCAUCCUACAACCAGGACACUAUUGACCCGUUCCCUUCGGUUGAAAGUGGUGAGAGCGGGGAGAACUUUCAUAUUGAGUCAAGGGGCUUGUCAGACUCGUCACCGAGCUAUUCCUCACAGAACACUCAGAUCUAUUGCGCAGCCUGUCAGAGUGUUUCGUUGCUUAAAGAUUCGUAUGCUUGCACAGAAUGUAUUUGCGGACUGUGCCAGGCUUGCGUCGAUGUUCUCAUGGCAGAACAAGGGGCUCGGCGUAAGUGCCCUCGCUGCGCGACAAUUGGAGGCCGAUUCAAGCCAUUCCAGCUUGACAUUCGAUAA